AUGAAGUCCAGAAACAAAGAUCUUGUUGAACUCUUUGGAAAUGGGGUUGGUGUUCAUCAUGCUGGGAUGCUAAGAGCUGACAGAGGUCUGACCGAAAGGCUUUUUUCUGAUGGAUUUUUGAAGGUACUUGUUUGCACAGCAACUUUGGCAUGGGGUGUAAAUCUACCUGCUCACACUGUUGUGAUUAAGGGGACCCAAUUAUAUGAUGCAAAGGCUGGUGGGUGGCGUGACCUAGGCAUGCUUGAUGUUAUGCAGAUCUUUGGAAGGGCUGGGAGACCUCAGUUUGACAAGAGUGGUGAAGGCAUCAUAAUCACAUCUCAUGACAAACUUGCGUACUAUCUAAGGUUGCUGACAAGUCAACUUCCCAUUGAAAGUCAGUUUGUUAGCUCCUUAAAAGAUAAUUUAAAUGCUGAGGUGGCAUUGGGUACUGUUACCAAUGUCAAGGAAGCUUGCGCAUGGCUUGGUUACACAUAUCUUUUUAUCAGGAUGAGACAGAAUCCUUUGGCAUAUGGUAUCGGGUGGGAUGAGGUUAUUGCAGACCCUUCUUUGAGUUUAAAGCAAAGAGCUCUUGUAACAGAUGCUGCACGUGCACUUGACAAAGCUAAAAUGAUGCGGUUUGAUGAGAAAAGUGGCAAUUUUUACUGUACAGAGCUUGGGCGCAUUGCAAGCCACUUUUAUAUCCAAUAUUCUAGUGUCGAAACUUACAAUGAAAUGUUGAGGCGCCAUAUGAAUGAUAGUGAGGUUAUUGACAUGGUUGCCCGUUCUUCAGAAUUCGAGAAUAUUGUUGUUCGAGAGGAGGAGCAGCAUGAGCUGGAGAUGUUGUUGCGUUCAUCAUGCCCUUUAGAAGUUAGGGGCGGUCCUUCAAACAAGCAUGGAAAAAUUUCAAUUCUCAUUCAGUUGUACAUAUCUCGUGGCUCGAUUGAUUCCUUUUCAUUGGUCUCUGAUGCUGCAUAUAUCAGUGCAAGCUUGGCUCGUAUAAUGCGUGCGUUAUUUGAGAUUUGUUUGCGCAGAGGCUGGAGUGAGAUGUCUUUAUUCAUGUUGGAAUACUGCAAGGCUGUGGAUCGCCAAAUUUGGCCUCAUCAACAUCCACUUAGACAAUUUGACAAGGAUCUUUCCGGAGAAAUAUUGCGGAAGCUAGAAGAACGAGGAUCUGACUUAGAUCAUCUGCAGGAGAUGGAAGAAAAGGAUAUUGGAGCACUUAUUCGUUAUGCACCUGGAGGAAGGAUGCCUCGUAAUGAUGGUAAUUUCAACAUGCAGGUGGAUUUGCUCAUAACCCCAGAAUUCAUAUGGAAAGAUCGUUUCCAUGGUGCUGCCCAACGUUGGUGGAUUCUUGUUGAGGACUCUGAGAAUGAUCACAUCUAUCAUUCUGAGCUUUUAACUAUAACAAAGCGGAUGAUUCGCGGGGAACCUCAGAAGCUAUCCUUCACUGUUCCAAUUUUCGAACCUCAUCCCCCACAAUAUUACAUUCGUGCUGUUUCUGAUUCUUGGUUGCGUGCUGAAUCUUUCUACACUAUAUCUUUCCAUAAUCUAGCACUACCAGAGACUCGUACCUCACAUACAGAACUUCUAGAUAUAAAACCGCUUCCUGUAACUUCGCUUAGUAACAACACUUAUGAAGCCUUGUACAACUUUUCUCAUUUCAAUCCUAUACAAACGCAGGUCUUUCAUAUUCUGUAUCACACUGACAAUAAUGUUCUGUUAGGAGCUCCCACUGGAAGUGGGAAAACUAUAUCUGCUGAACUUGCUAUGCUUCGCCUCUUUAACACACAGCCUGACAUGAAGGUUAUUUACAUAGCACCUCUGAAGGCUAUUGUUCGAGAAAGAAUGAAUGAUUGGAGAAAGCGUCUUGUUUCUCAGCUUGGGAAAGAGAUGGUCGAAAUGACUGGAGAUUAUACUCCUGAUUUGAUGGCUCUGUUGUCAGCUGAUGUCAUUAUAGCUACUCCUGAGAAGUGGGAUGGCAUCAGUCGUAAUUGGCAUAGUCGAAGCUAUGUAACAAAGGUUGGACUUAUGAUCUUAGAUGAGAUUCAUUUACUGGGAGCUGAUCGUGGACCUAUCCUCGAGCAGAUAGUCUGUGUUUGGGUUCCAUCAGAUUUUAUAUGGGGUGAUAGAUUAAGAAGGCCAUUGAUGAUCAACUUAGUUCUUUUGACAAAUCCUUGGAAUUCUAAGUGGUUUGGAAAUGAAGCUUUUGUGCCAACAUUUGUUAAACUUAUUCAGUUGGUUGGGGGAGUAUUAAAACAAGAGGUUAUUGUUUCUAGGAUGAGAUACAUAUCAUCACAAACAGAGCGUGCGGUGCGUUUUGUAGGUCUUUCAACUGCUUUGGCAAAUGCAAGUGAUUUGGCUGAUUGGUUGGGUGUUGGUGAAUUUGGACUCUUCAAUUUCAAGCCAAGUGUCAGGCCAGUGCCUCUAGAAGUCAAAGAAGUAAUUAUUGACAUGCCAAAGACAGUAGAUAUUAUGAAGCAACAAGGGCAAAACAUCAAGGAUACCCAAGACAGAGAUGAGCAAAUUGUGCAAAUCAAUCGCAUUGACUUCCUUCUUCAACCGAAGUUUGGUGAUUCAGCUAUAGAGAAAUGCAUGAUGUUUUACUCACUGUUUCACUUAUGGCAGAGGGUAAUUGGUAUCAAGCUCAAGGAACUGGCUUCAAGCUAUGGGAUGAGGUGUGGGACGUGUGGUUUUUGCUACUUUGACACUUCAAAACUCAAGGUCGAGUUUUCUCAAACCAGGGGAGAAUGA